CAAUUACUUCUUGGUAGUACCAAUAAACCCAUUAUUGAACUGAUUAAAUUGUUUUGUCAUCCGACCCACCCUCAAUGAAAUUGGCACAUCAUGUAGCCAAGUCGACUAUAUUAGUGUAUAUAGAAAGAAACUGAGCUAGUUGAGGCGAAGGGGUGACAAAUGGCGCCCAACGUGUUAUAUGGGUUGCCUUGGAAUAUAGCAAAGUGAAGUUAAUGUGAAAGCUAUAGGAGAUUUACCUCCUUAGUAUUAAUGACCUACUUAUAUAAUGGAUAGCACAGACACUUUGGAUUAACCGGAACAUUAUUCAACAGGACCCUGCCUGCUACUUUAUAUGGAAUUAUCGGUGCACCGCGGAUACAUUACAACAGGAUACCAGAACUUCAACAGGAUGCGAGAACUUCAACAGGAUACCAAAACUGAACUUCAACAGGAUACAAGAACUUCAACAGGAUGUAUGGUUAUUAGUGAUAUUGUGAUAGACCUAUAAGGAUUUAUAUUGUGAAAGAUGUACAAGGUGUGGUAAUGUGAGUAAUACAGCGUAUGAUAUAAAGUGAUUUAGCCUGAUAGAGAGUGGAACACUGAAUGCACGAAUAUGGCUGAGGCAAGCAAACCAUUCGAAAACAACAUGCUCUUGUGUCCUAAUCCUAAAUGUGGUGACAUUGGAGAAAGCAAAUUUUGCAAAUCUUGUGGUUACCAGAGAGUACCGAUCCCAGAGGCGUCUUGUACUGGUUCUGGUUCAGAUGACAAUAGACCAGCUUCUUCUGUAGAUUUAAUGAGGACACAAGGAUUUCAUGAAACUUCUGGCGCCAAAGUCAGUAAACAACGGUUGAAAACUGAUAUUUGCCGCUUCUGUGAGUGUGCCCUUGAGACUGGAUCAACAUUUUGCCGCACAUGUGGUAAAAAAGUACAGCGGUCAGGAAGUACAG